AUGACCCGCCCCAUUAUCGUGUUCGAUCUCGAUGGCACGCUCAUCGACACCGCACCCGAUCUCCUGGACAGCCUGAACCAUGUGAUUACGGCCGAGGGGCUUGAUCCGGUGUCGACGGCGGACCUGCGCUCCCAUGUCGGCCAUGGCGCCCGCGCCAUGCUGCGUCGCGCCUACACGGCGCAGGAACGGGCACUGCCUGACGCCCGUCUUGAACAUCUGGUAGCCGUGUUCAUCGAGCACUACACCGCCAACAUGCCCGGCCGCUCUCGACCGUUCGACGGCGCCGUUGCCUGCAUGGACCGGUUCGAGGCAGCCGGCUUCGUGCUGGCGGUCUGCACCAACAAGUUCGAGGCCAUGUCGCGGCAAUUGCUUGAGGCGCUCGGGAUUGGCGAACGGUUUGCCGCCGUCUGCGGCGCCAACACAUUCCCUGUGCGCAAGCCCGAACCCGGGCAUCUGACCGGCACGAUCGACAGGGCCGGCGGCGAUCGCAACCGGGCGGUGAUGAUCGGCGACAGCGAUACCGACAUCAACACCGCCAAGGCUGCCGGCAUCCCCGUGGUGGCCGUCGAUUUCGGCUAUUCGCCGCAGCCGGUGGACACGUUCGCGCCGGACCGGAUCAUCAGCCAUUUCGACGCGCUGACCCCGCUCAUGGCCAACGAAUUGAUCGGCGCCCGGACCCGGCCCUGA